UAAUUGGAGGAUGUGUUCUUUUUGUCUUUAUCUCAACAAUCAUUGUUGUUUAAGAAGACUGCAAAGAUGGUAAAAUCUCCCAGAAGAAACCAUGGAAAGAAACAUCUUUCUCUUCCUUUGUCACACAUGCACACACAAUACUGGGACCUCCUGGAGAGGAGAGCAGGCAUGGCCUGGGAGCACAGCCAGAAACACCUGCAACAGAUUAGUGCUCUAAUGCAAGUUGCCUCACGGCUUGCUGUGACCCAUCUUGCACCUCCCGAAGCCCACAACAGACGCUUGGUGUGUGAAGAAGGUCAGAAGUUCAGGCUUGGCUGAGGCUCCAUUCCUCCCUCUGCACAGAGGAGGCCUGCCCUGCGGGUUUAUAAUUAUCUGCCGUUGGCAUUCAGCACAGGUUCAAGCACAGUGCAAGCACUGGCACCAGCGUGGGGGGAUGCGCUUGGCUACACACUUGGAAAUGCCACAUCUUGCAUUUGAAGACUCACGUUGUAACAGCCGCAGCGUCAAUGAGAAGCAGUCGAGGAACUCCAUUCUAACUGAAUGGAUUGGUAUGGGGAGAAGCGGACCUCAAAUCACGGCUAAGCGGCAGCUUUGGGACUGUGUCACAUUCACGAUGGUUUUACUUUCUCUGCUGUUUCGACCAGCUCACUGCCAGCAGUGUCGAAUCCAGCGCUGCAAUGCAGAGUAUGUGACUUCUACCUCACCAGCGAGUGGUCUCCAGGAGGAUGUGGCUCUAGACGUGGACUACUGCAUUGCCCUGAGGGCCUAUGCUCUGUGCACCCGGCGACAGGCACGGAGCUGCAGGGGUGACCUGGUCUACCACUCAGCCGUCUUUCGCAUUAAGGAGUUAUUCUCUCAGCACAACUGCUCCAGCGAUGGGCCCACCUCCUCCGCCAAGGUUCCCAGCACGUCUCGACCAGCGGUGUCGGAGCUCUGCGAUUACGAGAACCGGGUUCUGGUAUCGGGCUCGGGUGGCCAACAGAAAAAGUACGCCCAUUGUGGAUUAUUCGGAGACCCGCACCUACGGACUUUCAGAGAUGAGUUUCAGACCUGCAAAGUGGAAGGGGCGUGGCCUCUGAUUGAUAAUCGCUUCCUGUCGGUGCAGGUGACCAAUGUACCUGUUGUCCUAGGCUCCAGCGCAACAGCAACAAGCAAGAUCACCGUAAUCUUCAAGUCGUAUCAUGGAUGUACAGAUCAGAAGGUGUACCAGGCCACCACGGAAGAUCUGCCCCAGGCCUUUCAAGAUGGGACUCGGAGCGGUGGCGAGAGCGGCAGCCUGACCGUCGCAGAGCGAGGCGGCUCCGGAGUGGGGCGGCAGGUGAAGAUACAGGCCCGUUACAUUGGCACCUCCAUCAUCAUCCGACGUGUGGGCAGCUAUCUGACCUUUGCCAUUCGCAUGCCAGAAGACACACUGGACUUUUCUGAGGACAGCGGCGGUCUGCAGCUGUGCUUGCACGGCUGCCCGCGCAACGAGCUCAUCAAAGAGCACACGCUGAGCCGCCAGAGCCAGCAGCCCCGCCUUCAAGGCACCAACACGGAGUUGGGUCCACUGCGGCCUCCCCACCAGAUCUACACAGUGGAGAGAGCCACGGCCAAGUGUAGAGAGACUCUGCAGGUGGAAGACGUGUACUUUCAGUCCUGUGUGUUUGACUUACUGACGACAGGAGAUCCCGAGUUCUCUAUGGCGGCCUACGGCGCCCUGGAGGAUUUAAAGGCACUGCCACCUAGUAAACUGAAGCAGAAUUCUCCAAGGACUCCUCGUGUUUACAACCGAGGAACGUCACAGACGCUGGCUGCAAUAGCAGCCAACAGCUCCCUGCUCUCACUCCUACUACUCAUGCUGCUGCUGUUGUAAAAAAAAAUAAUAAAUAUAAAUGAUUUUUUUUUUUUUUUUUUAUGUGGUGCAUGGCCACAGACAGGACAUGGAAGCAUUACCAGCUUGAGGAAAGAGUGACUUGAGCACAGACAUUUUCUAUUUGUAUUUUUAUUUCGAAGGGGGGUGGGAAUCUAUAAUCUUUACUGUUUUUUUUUCUUCUUUUUUUUUAUCUUCCAUUUGAAGGAUUUCACUUUUUGACAGAACAAUUUUCCCACGUUGCAUCUUCUGUGGAUUCGUACAUGCAUCGCAUCAUUUAAAAGAAAUAAAAAAAACAAACAAAAAAAAACUAAACAAAAACAUGUAUGCGUUCAAUCAUGUGCUCAGCUGGCCCGUUCAACAUGUCUCCAGCACACAGUUGUGACUAAUCCAAAAGAAAUUGAACCCAGGGUUGUAUAUGCCAACCGUGAAGCAGCGAAAUGGCAUCAUUUUUGUAAAUAUUUUACCGAAAAUGUGCACAAUCUUUAAACACUCCACUGCGUAUGAAGUUGAAUAUCACUCCAUACAGUAUCUAUGCUUAUUUUUUUUUUUUACAUUUUAUCUAGAGCAAGGUGGCUUCUAGAUCCUAUAUAAUCCAGUAAUAUCAAUAGCACUUAAUGUUUUUAGCAGCAAGUGUGUUUUUUUUUUUUUCCUUUUUUUAAUCAUGGUAAUUUGUUUAAGCAAUUGGAAAAUUGAAUACACGGGAUCCAACAACUGUAUGUAAAAACUACCUAGCCUUAAAGAAUGAUGUCAGUGUGAUAUUCAGCAGUUUUCAAUUUUUGCGAAACACUCCCUCUUCAAGCUGUUUGGCUUCCAGUUUUAAAGGUAAAAAAACACAAAUCUUUAUAUAAUAAUAUAUUAAAAAAAGUGUAUAUAUGUGUUUUAUAUUUUGUACAUUUGCCUGUAUAGAUGUUUUAACUGUAAUAUGUUUUACAUUUGUUGUUUAGCAGGUUAUUUUGAGUCAUUGUAUGAAAAGUAAACUAAUAUGUGUUGAGCUGAAUCUUUACAUUUCUGUAUUAAAGUGGUGGACACUCCAGACUACAAUAAUUCCCCCUUCUUUGUUAGUCUUCUUACUGCUUUUCGUAUUAUAAAUGUUUUAAAAUAUUUUUGUAUUUCUAA